UGCAGGUUGGGUUUUUUCUCCUCUGCUCCCCGUCCCGUGUCCAAUGCCGUGAGUCGGUUCGGCUUUGGAGCGAACGAUGCUGAGUUCUCCUCAGAGCGUCCCAGCUCUGCCCAUCAGCCUGCCCCCUCUCCAGCCCACACAGACAGAGCAGCGUCCACUGGAGCUGACCCAACACCCGACGCCCACACACCCCAUACUGCCACACCACCAACCACCUUACCAUCGCAGGCUGACCGGCCAACCAUCAGCAUCUCAUCAGCUCCUUCUGCGUGUGAAGAUCCUCCGCGUAUCAAGACAGAGGGGUCCAGUUCCCCAACACCUCCUGGUCCCACUCCCUCAGUCUUGAGCACCCUCUUCACCCAUCUGAGUCCUUGUCGGCCUGAUGAGGAUUAUGAUGAUGGACAUGCGGAUCUAGAGAUGGAUGCAGCUGAUAGUUGUACCGACACAGCUCCUCUGAUGGAUGGGACAAGGCUCUGCUCCAAGGUUAGUAAAGAAGAGACUGGAGGUCACACUAAGGCCUCAUCAGUGGUCUCCGAGAGAGUGCUUGCCCUAAAGUCAGAACCUGCCUUCGUCAAAGUGAUGAAAAAAGAGGAAGACGUGAAAGAAGAGCCUGUGGCCAUCCGAAGAAAGCCAGUCCCUUGCUCCACCCCGAUCACAAACCCCCACAGGUCUUACAAACCACUCGCUGUGGACCUGUCGCCCCUUCCUCCUCUCCCCUUUACCGCCUACCAGCCCCAGCCACCUACUCAAGUUCCCUGGGACUUCAGUCCAAAGGCUCCUACUCCCAGCGCACACUCCAACUCCCAGGAGGCUGUGCGGCAGCGUGCCCCUCUCCACACUGAGGUAGGGAUACCUAUGACACAGGCGGACUCGCAGGGCCGGCACAGUCUACCGGUGCAGACUGUGACAUGGUCUGUGCCCUCAAAACGCUCCGUCAGGCAGCCAAUGUUACGGGACAGAAGCCUGAGUGCGGAACUGGAGCCUCGCUGAAAUGUUGAGGUUGUACAGGACUCUGCUAUAUGACUCUCAAGCAGCUGCUGCAACUGUCAACAUGGCGCGCGCACACACACUCACACACACAAACAUAUUAGUUCAGUCCGCAUGCUAUUUAUAUUUUCCCUUGAGCAAAUGUAUGUUUGUUAACUGUGACCACUAACCUCUGUAGUGGACAGGGCCAAGUCAAUGUGUACCAGAUAUCAUUCAGUCUUAUUUUUAUCAGUGAGGAUGCAACAAUAUAGUUUUUCCAAAUGUUUCUACUUUAUUUUGUCUGUACAGUAAAACAUUUUUUUAGUGUGAAUAAAUGUAUCAAGAAAAAUCAAGGGCAUUGAUAUUUAUUGUAUAGGUUUACUA